CAUUUAUUUCAUCACCUGACGUCUCGCGAGUUACACGUAGCUCUUUUACGCGGAAAAUUUUCUAUUAUAACUAUAACAAAGCAACAAAAUGCCGCUCCAAGUUUCCAACAAAAAUAACAUCGUGCGAACAUUGGAAAAAAUCAGCUUCAAAGAAAAUGUAUCACCAAAGAAAAAGUUAUGUCUGAGUCCGGAAAAGCUUCAAGAAAAUGGAACUAAGAAUGGGAUUGACAAAUCAAACGUGGUUUCAAAAUUGGAUCUGUCUGAAAGUGGAUCAGUAUCAAAAUUCGACAUCACAUUGGAGCCUUUGCUCAGAGAAAAUCCCAAACGAUUCGUUAUAUUCCCGAUCCAGUGGCAAGACAUCUGGGACAUGUACAAAAAAGCUGAGGCAUCUUUCUGGACAGUGGACGAAGUCGAUCUCUCCAAGGAUUACAGCGAUUGGAAAAAUCUCAACAAGGACGAGCGUCAUUUCAUUUCCCACGUUUUGGCAUUUUUCGCGGCUUCGGAUGGCAUUGUUAACGAGAAUCUCGUAGAACGUUUCAGCCAGGAAGUUCAAGUUACCGAAGCUCGCUGCUUUUAUGGCUUCCAAGUUGCCAUGGAAAACGUCCAUUCGGAGAUGUAUUCCCUUUUGAUCGAGACUUAUAUCAAAAAUCCUAAUGAAAAAGACUUUUUGUUUAACGCCAUCGAAAAUCUUCCGUGCGUUGCAAAAAAAGCAAACUGGGCAUUAAACUGGAUAAACAAUGACGAAGCAACUUUUGCCGAACGUGUAGUCGCCUUUGCAGCGGUCGAGGGUAUAUUUUUCAGUGGCAGUUUUGCAGCUAUAUUUUGGUUGAAAAAACGAGGUAUCAUGCCCGGACUUACCUUCAGUAAUGAACUCAUCUCAAGGGACGAGGGAUUACAUUGUGAUUUUGCCUGCCUGAUGUUCAAGCACAUCGUACAAAAGCCAACGGAAGAGCGUGUAAUAUCGAUAAUAAGAGACGCGGUAACUAUCGAACAAGAAUUCUUGACAGAAGCAUUGCCAGUCAACAUGAUUGGCAUGAAUUGCGAUUUGAUGAAAACCUAUAUUGAGUUCGUAGCCGACCGUCUUCUCGGGGAACUCGAUUGUCCAAAGAUUUACAAUUCUGAGAAUCCCUUCGACUUCAUGGAGCAUAUUUCGCUCGAGGGAAAAACGAAUUUCUUCGAGAAGAAAGUCGGCGAGUACCAAAAGUGGGGAGUGAUGGAAGAGGAGAGUACGUCAAAUUUCGGAGUGAAUGCCGAUUUUUAACGAGAUCGCAGGUGAUCUAGAAAACAAAAACGACGACGAUUUUUAACAUCGUUUAAGAAUCCAAUCCACAAACAUUGAAAACUUUGUGCUUAAACCAAUCGAUUUUUUUUACUAAGUUUUCUCGAGACAAAGUAGUCACGAUCUUUAUUCUUCGAUAGACAUCCAUAACUUUUCUUUUGCACUGUUUCACAGUUUUUCUUGACGCAUUCUGUAAAACAAGACUUAUUUGUGAUUAAUCACAGAAAUAUCAAUUGAAAAUUGGACGUAUUUUUCCAGCGCCCGAUUUCAAAUGUUCGUGAGUAUUUGUGAGCGAAUGAGAGCGUAAAUGUGAUGUCUGAAUGUGUAUGAGCUUUGAAAACCACACGCGGACAAAAAAUAAGAGGCUUCCCCAACUAGCCAAUUUCAUAGUUAGUUUUUUUUAUGUCGUGACUGCAAUACAUAACCUUGUAAGAUAAAUCGCACGGUAGCCACGCUGCAGUGAAUUAUAGAGACCAAAUUCGUAAUACCCGAAUACUAAAGAGAGGACAAACGAUUUAGGUCAACUGAACACAUGGCUCGAUUGUAAUAAUUUUCGACUUUUGUAAUCUUUUUGAAAAAUCUCGCUGGAAAAUAAUUAUUUCGAUAUAUUUUGUUAAAGAAAAAAAAAACAACGCUUAUGUGUGAACAGGAAUGACGAUUAUUGAGAAGAACUAUGAUUUUCAUGCCCGUUAUCCGAAGAUUCUAAUCGAUUAUUGAAAAAUACCCAAGUUCUGCCUUGGCUACAAAAAAUGAAUGGGAAUCUAAGCCUUAACAAAUUAUCAAGCGUUUCCUGAAAAGAAUCGAAUCGGCGUCGAUUACUUUUGUAAUUAAAACGUUUUGCAGUAUUUGCAUGUAAAUAAUCGAAUAAAUAAAAUUUUGUAAUUUACUGAUGGAGAAAA